CCCAUUUCGGGUUUUAAAGUAUAAUAACUCUCAUUAUGAGGCGGUCAAAAUUUGUAUUUAAGCCUAAUAUUAAUCCUAAUAAAGCCGCUUCUGAUCCAGUGCAAAAGGAAAAUCAAAUUUUAAAUAACGAUAAGACUCCUGAUAAAUCAGACGAAUUUGAUAAAACAAAUCCAAAUGUUAAUCUCCUGAACGAAAAUGAUCAAAUAGGGACUCAAGAAGAUAAGACAGUGAAUUUAGAAAGUAGCUUGAUUGAUCAAUCAUUAAAACUUCAAGACAAACAUUUAAAUACCUGCACAAAUAAUUUAAUACAAAAUACAUUGGCCUCAAAUGAAUCAAUAUCUGAUUUCCAAAAAACAGGUGAUCUUGUUAACCAAUGCAAUCAAAUAGAGAUCCUAGAAAAAGUUGAUUCUUCUAAAGCCUCUGCUCCAAUUAAAGAGGUACAAAACUCAACCAAAGCAAAAAUUAAAUCCAAAGUGGAUUAUAAUUCUCCAUUGAUAGAGGAAGAUUAUGUUGCAAUAAAUUUGACUAUGAAAGACUUAGUAUAUUUGAAUCCUAAAUCCAACCCUAUGAAGUCGCCUGUUAAACCAAACACUACUAACCCUCCUACCUCUAGCGCUAACAAAUCCAAGGAUGUUGAUAAAGAUGAUAAAAUCAAAUCAGGUGAUACGAUUGAAAAGUCUACGAGCGCAGCGAGAUUAUCCACUGACAAGAUUAAGUCGAUUGCUCCUCAGGUAAAGAUAGGGCCGGAUGGAGAUAUAAUUCUUGAUACAGACAGCCUCUACAUUCCAAAUCCGGAGCAGAACGAAGAGACGUUUACUAAGCCAGCUAUCCAGGAAGAAUACGAUCCAUUUGGCUAUCUUAAAUAUUCUAAAAAACAUACUCAUCAUAAAAUAUGGACUUCUGAAGAAAACGUAAAAUUUUUCAAAGCCCUAAGUGUUCACGGUAUAAAUUUGGCAGGCAUAGCGAGCGAAUUUCAUAAUAGGGAGAGAUCCGAAAUCAAGAACAAAUUUAAACGGGAAGAAAAAUUGAAUCCAAAUAUGAUCGAUAUAGCUUUAGAACAACACCCAAAAUUAGAAGAUUUCCUUAAAUUGCUUUUCCCGCCUAAACCGUCUCUCGUGCCGACAAAGAGUAACGAAAAAUUGACCUCUCUGAUCGCUCAAAACUUUUUCAAGAAAGUCAAAAUUUGUUUGAAAAAUCUACCUGUUGAUGAUACUAAAACUAAAACUAAAGAAUCUAUACCAGAUGAUGUAUCAGUUGCUUCGGAUUCGAGCGUGUUUAUAGAAAAUGACGAAGACGAUCUAGCGAAUGAAACAGAAUUUGAGAACUUGUUUAAACCAACGAAAUCAGGUCGUACGCCCAAACCUUCUUACAAAUUUAUCACGCAACCGGCGAAACCCAAUAAAAUUGACCCCAAGACUCGAAACAAUGCCAGAGUCCGCAAAAUUAAAGAAAUAGAAGUUAAUAAAACUACUCCCAAGAAGACAAAAUUAUCAACGAAAAGGAAGAAAGAUGGGAGAAACAAUGCGAUUAAAAUUCUGAGCUCAUUUACCGGCGAGAAAAGUAAUGAAGCCUUUAUACCACCGUUCCUAUUAAAUUCUGCCAAUCUUGAGGAGGAAAUCCAAGAAGGCCUAUUUGAUUCUCGCGUAUCUUCCCCUGCCUACACCAACGAAUACAAUGAAUGUUGCGUCGAAGAAACGAUUGUUUGUAACGAUAUAGACCAAAACCAAUCGGCGGCAUCCGUCAUUUUGCUCGAUCAAAAUAAUUUGGAGUCUAUUUCCCCGUCGCAAACGCAAAACCUUAAAUUUGAUCUUGAAAAUUCUGAUUCCAAAGGGAACGAUAUAUUUGUUUUGCCUCAACAAUAUCUCAUCAAAGAUCAAGUUUACCAGUUAUUCUUAGUUCCUCAGCCUUCACAAAUCCCUUCCUGACGAAAUGAUUUUUUUACUAACACAAUUAUUGUACUGCCUAUGAAUCUUAAUUUAUUAAUAUUAUCAAAUUGGAAAGCAUAAUGAUUAUAUAUAUAUU